AUGACUGAUCGAUGGCCCAUAGAUGACGAAUCAGCGUUUUAUACCCCGCAAUCCCACACAAUUCCGACAGCCGAUCGACAGUCGAUCAAUCACUAUUUCAUGGGGGGUUUGGUCAUCGAGGGGAGGGGAGGUCAGGUCCCAUGGAGGCAUCACGCCGGACAAAACCUGAAGUCCAUUUUUAAUGGCUUUCUUAUCCUGCUGAAACACGGGUCAAUAUCAAAUCAUCUUCUCCUCUAUAAAUCCGUUUUUUGGACUUAUGCAAAUAGCAACAACAACUUCAAGGAGAUUAAGAUUACCAUGGUGUUCGACUCAGUCUCAGCAGCUGACAAGAUUGCUCAUAAUCAAGACCUUUUGACUCUAAUCCUCCUCGGGUUACCCACCAAAUCUCUCAUCAAGUUCAAGUGCGUUUCAAGGCAGUGGCGGUUCAUCAUUUCCGACCCCGACUUCUGUUUAUCCCACACCCGCCGUCACCACCGCCAUGGGUUCCUCUCCCCCACCGCUCUCCUCCUCAAAGGUGAACGUUUCACCCCUCCCUCUGAGUUCUCCAUUGUCCCUUUGAAGCAUUACAGUAAAGUCCCUUUCUUUCAUUACAUCAACGACUCCGAUGUCAAGAUUCUCCAAUCUUGCAACGGAUUGCUUAUCUGUGAAUCGUAUAGAAGGAGUUUCUUGAUCUGCAAUCCAACGACCAAAUCAUUCAGGAAGAUUUACUGUCCUAGUAACUCGUGUUAUAAUUUCCUUUCCAGAUUUUGUGUUAGUUUAGCUUUUGACCCUCUAAGAUCACCUAAUUACAAGAUCAUCUGUGUGUGGGAAAGUUACAGGGAACCCUGUAAGCUCAAUCUGGAUUUAUAUUCAUCAAAGACCGGAUCUUGGGAUUUAUCCGUAAUCAGUUUCGAGGUAGACGAAGAAGAGCCCAUAGAGUUAAACCAUGGGGUUUUCUGUAAUGGAAGGAUUCAUUGGUGCGGAUACGGAAGCGAAUCAUUGUUUUUCGAUGUGGAGAAUGAAUGUUUAGAAACAAUGCCGAUGGCGUUGCCGGUUCAGAUGGACGCGCUGGAGGAAUGUCGAUAUUUCGGGGAGUCUAGAGGAGUCCUGUAUCUCACGGUGACUUAUUGUAUGCCGGUUUGUUUAGAGAUGGAUAUCUUCGAGAUGGCAAGAGAUUAUUCUCAGUGGAUUUGGAAGAAACGUGUGGAUCUGGGGGAUGCGGUGAGAGUUUUCCCGGAGUUGGAAUUAGGAUGCGUGGAGUACGGUCCUGGAUUCUCCGGCGUUUGUGUGAUUGGAUCCGAGGAAGAAGAUGAGCCGAUGGUGGUGGUUUGGGCCGAUGGGAAAAUAGUUUGCUUUGAUUUAAGGCAAGGGGCGUGGAAAAUGGUUUACGAUCUCGGGCCGGGUAUCAAAAUUGGGUCGCUGUAUCUUGGAGAAGAUGAUCAUCUACACCACGAACGAUUCCAUGCUUAUCAAUACUUCGAGAACCUCUCUUGUUUAUGACUUUUUGGUUA